UCGAUCCCCCGCAUCUCCAUUUAUUUUUAUUUUUAUCCGUCUCUCUCCUCCCCGGUGGCCGCCCCCACCGUUCAUCCUCAGGUGAAUGCCACCCACCCCGCCAUUACCAGCAGCUUCCCGCCGCUCCACUCCAUCCUGCGUUUCCCAACACCCUCGCCGUUUCGUUUCCUCCGCCCGUCGCACCAAUCCAGUCAACCACCGUACCCGAUGGCGUCGUCGGCGUUCAAGUCCACCACGCGCCGCGACCUCCACGCCUCCUCCUCCUCCACUUCCCGCUCCGACCCGCCCCCGUGCCCACGCCGCUCCCGCUCCCGCAGCGUCAGCGCCGCGCCCCGCGCCCGCGGCCACGACAGCCUCCAGCUCCAGGAGGACUACGCCAACACCCGCACCAACCCGCUCUUCGACUCCGCGGCCUCUCCCUCCGCCUCCCCAUCUCCGCCGCCGGGGACUACUACUAGCGCCGGCGGCGGGGAUGUGCCCAGGCGGGGCAGAGGGCGUGAGCCGCUCAAGGAUGGGGGACGCGGCGGCUGUGGGAGAGCGCGGUCUGUGUCCGUCGCGCCGCAGCGGCGGCACGCUGUCUCUGUGCCGUCGGCGGACGGUGCUGGUGCUGUCGGUGCGAGGAGGGCUUCGCGGCCGCGGUCGGUAGCCGACGACGCACGCCCGUACAGGGGCUCUGAGGGUUCUCGACAGAUGGAUGAAACUACCCAUUCAGAAGCUAGCACUGCUGUUUCCUCACCAGGUCAACAUCUUGAACAUGUGAUUUGGCAGCAGAACAAUUCAAAUGUCCCAGUGGAUCCAGUUCUGGAAAUUCCUCCUGAGUUCGAUCCAGAUUCUGCUGAGUUUAUCUCCGACAUAAGUGAUUAUGCAACAGAAUUCCGAAAGAAAGAUGUUGUGGAAAUCCCUCUCGAGUUUGAUACAGAUGCCUCCGAGCUGGUUUCUGAUACGAGGAACAGUGCAGCAAAACAGCACUGGGAGCAAAUGGAAAUUCCUCUCGAGUUUGAUACAGAUGCUUCAGAGCUGGUUCCAGACAUAUGGCACCAUGAAGUAAACCAGCAACUGGGUCAAUUGGAAGCUUCUUUUGAGUUUGAUCCUGACACCUCUGAGCUGGCUCCUGACAUUACAGAAUAUACAAUAAAACUCAAACAGUCACAUGAACGCGCUCGAAAGCUUCGGGCAGAUUUGGCAGUUGAAGAGCAGCGGGAACAAGAACUGAGUAGAAUGCUGAAGGACAUAGUAACAACUCCACAAUUUACUGAGACACAUAAAAAACGGCCAAGAAGAAAGAGUAGCAUAGAAAGGCUGAAAGUUUCGAGGCAUUUAGCUGAAGAGGCAAUGAAUUAUUUCGAGGAAUGUGUUUCAAUUUCAACAAUGGAUAGCACUGAUUUCUCAUCACCUGAGGACCCUCAACCAAAUUCAAUUUUGAAUGUCCAACCAAAUAGAAAUAGUAGAUUUUUCCACAAAGGGAGAUCAAGCUUUGAAGGGCCCCACACUCUAGCUGAUCAACAUGACCAUCAUGAGGAAUUGGACAAGCAAACUCAGUGCUCAAUUAGCAUAACCGGAUCUGAUGUCUCUGACAAUGCUAUAUUUAGCCAUACAAACGCCCAUGGUUUGAAAGUUAGAAGCAACUCAAAUGAUGAUCUUGAUGGCUUGGACACUCCACGGAGCAGAAGUUCCUGUUUCUCUUUCACCCAUGAGCCAGUUAAAAAUGUUGAAAACUGUAAUGUUCAGCAAUACCUUGGGAAUUUUGGAAGGGGGAACACUAAAGAGUUAAGAGAGACGAGGUCUAGUUGCUUUGCUGAUGACUAUGUCUCUCAGAGAGUUAAUCUGGACUUACUUAAGGAUAUGUCGACCUUUCAAAAUCGAAUGGAUUAUGGAGGGCUUCUUAUAUGUAACAUUAGAACAUUCUGACGGUGAACAGAGUAAAUAGUGCCCACCGGCUACAUAAGUAAAGUAAUUAUCAUGAUGUAAUUGUAAAGAGAUUAGUAUUGUGCAAGUAUUUGUAUUGUGGGUGUAACUGUUUCUUUUCUCUUUGGUAUAUGUGAACUUUUGGCGGUUCUGUAACAAUCCUGCAUCUGUUU